AGUGAGAACCGGCCGUGGGGCGAGGAGCUGUCAGCGCAGAGUUUGGGACACUGGUUGGCAGCAGCGCCAGGCUCAGGAUGACCACGGUAGAAGCCAAAGCCGAGGAGGAGGAGAAAAAGGAGCCAUCACCGGCCUCCAACCCAUCCAGCGGGUCGGUCUCCCCAGAGCAGGAAGGCUUCUUCAACCUGCUGACCCACGUGCAGGGCGGGCGCAUGGACGAGCAGCGCUGCAACAUCCAGAUCGUGCAUGGCAAGAGCGGUGCUGACCCGGAGAAGCAGGACAGCCCCAGCCCCCCGCCGGAGAUGGACAGUUUCCUGGAUAUGCUGGCACACACGCAGAGCCGGCGGAUGGACGACCAGCGCGUCAGCUUCAACUACCUCCCAGGCUUCCAGAACACCGACCGCAACGCCCCCAGCAAGCCGGCCUCCGGGCCCACCAAGAAGUGAGCGCCCCCAUGGCGGGGGGAGGAGCCGACAUGCCUGAUGGCCGCGCUAGCACCCGUGCCCUGCAGCACCUGCCCCGCCCACUCUGUACAACCCCAGUGCCCCAAUAAAGGCCUGG